AUGGAAAUAUCCUCCCAGUCUUCAAAAAUCCAUCAGUAUUUUUUUCUGCUAUUGGGUUGCAUAACACAUAUGUUCUAUUUCAACCGCCUGCGAUUCUCUGCAGCGCUCGGAGUGAUCUUAGUUCUAUUUGUUCUCCAGGUGUUUGGAUGCACACUAGCGCUUUCGUUGUACAAAUGCAUACAGAUAGAAAUGUUAUACUACUAUUAA